CGCCAUGGCAGCAGGAGGAUUUGACGCUCACUUUGUUGAACCUCUCCCUGACCGAUUGACAUGCUCCAUUUGUCAAUUGGCAACACGAGAACCUAGGGUUACGGUUUGUGGUCACCAGUUCUGUUUGGAAUGCUUGAGGCCUCUCAGUAGGAAUGGGAAAACGACAUGCCCUCUGUGCAGGAAGAAGCUGAAGGAAACGGAGAUCUAUCCAAGCAACAAGGACAAACGCGAAAUUCUGAGUUUGAAAAUUCGUUGUAAUAAGCACGAGGAAGGCUGCAACUGGAUUGGUGAACUGAGAAAGCAGAAUGAACACAACCAAAAGUGCGGCCAUGUAGCUGAACUGUGUGGCAAUAAUUGUGGAGAACUGGUAAUGAGGAAGGACAAAAAGAACCAUGAAUCUCAUGAAUGUAGCCGACGGAUCGUAGGUUGUCGUUACUGUGAUCGAUUGCUGGAACAUGUACAGUUAUUUGAUCACUAUAAGGAGUGUCCCAAGUAUCCUGUUAGUUGUCCUCAUCGGUGUGGAGUGCAGGUUGCUAGGAGGGACAUGGAAACGCACACUAGCAGAGAGGGUCAGUGUCCUAACAGUCCUUUGCAGUGCGAUUUUACAUCAAUGGGAUGCCGAUUCAUUGGAAAUAGAAAGGAGUUACAGUAUCAUUUGAACAAGGAGAUGGGUCAUCAUCUCAGUUUGACUGUGAGAUCGCUGCACAAUGUAACAGAGAGAUUGGCAGUUGCCGAGAAAAAGCAAGAAGAAGCAGAAGGAAAGCUAGCAGCUGUUGAGACAAAGCAGAAGGUGGAACUUGAAACGUUAAAGCAGACGUUGAAUUUUGAGCUGCAAUCAUCAACAUUUGAAAUGUUAAUCACAAAAGGCUGGUCAGAAUCUUUACAAUCAGCAGAGUUUGUGAGAGCAGUACUAUGUAAGCAAAAUCAAAUUUCACAUGAACAGGACGGCACCUUUGCCUUCUUUUGGAAGAUAAGUAAUUUCUGCUUACCAGCUUUCUAUUCAUCUAAAAAAUUUUAUCAUGAAAUUUCAAAAGUGGGUUUGAAGCUAAGACUUUCAUCUAAAUGCAUUGAUAGUACGCCGAUCUCUCAAGCCUCUAUACGCGCAACUGUGUUUUUCUAUAGAACAAGAGAUUUUUUGGAGGGGAGAGUAAAGUGUCAGAUGUCUAUGUGUUUGCUACCUCAGUACUCAAGGGAAUUUGAAGGACGUGAUGGAUUAAAUAUCACUAAAGAUAUUGAUUUUAUUACUUCGGAUUCCUUGCAUCUAAUCCACCAUUCUCUUUCAUUUUUGCUUGAUUCUGUAAACGAGGUGUUUAGUAUUGACUUGGAAUCCCCUAACACUGUACCAUCCCAUUGGACUAAGGAAUUAUUAAUUAGAUUUCAGUUGAAGCGGAUGGAGGUAGCACAAAGUGGUGGAGCACGUCGACGUCCUUCAGAGGGAGAGAGAUGUAUUCUGAUCUAG